CACAAAUAUUGCUCAAUUCUUCCAUAUAUUUCCUUUAUUUUCCCUUAAUAAGUAAUUUAUUGAAUAAAAUAAGCUUUAUGCUAUUUGUUAAAUGCAAAUUUACUACCGUUUAGUGUAUUUACACAUCAUUUCUCCCUCGAAAUCUUUUUGAUUUUUUAGGCGGCCUCAUCCACAGCAGCGCCAUCUUCGUCACGCACUUUCGGACUGUGUUGGGAAAUCUCUGCUAUAUAAAUUUCUGGACACGUGUAAAUAACGCUAAAUAAUCAAUAAAUCCAAUCCCUGACGCUGAAAAAGUGCUGGCGAGGGAAAAUGCACACGACAAGUGGCAGUUUGAGCAGAGAGUACCGCCAAUAAGUGUCUACUGUGUGGCAUUUUGAGAGCAGCAAACAUUCGGGAGUUGUUCUCGCAUUUCUCCCUUGAUUUCCCCGGAAUUGUGCGCUUCCGCCCCCGCCUGGGCCGUGCCCCAUCAUGGAUGAGACUUUAGUGCUGAUAUGCCUGGUCGUGGUAAUGCUGAUUGGGUCUUAUCUGGCUGGCAACAUUCCACUGGUUGUGUCACUUUCCGAGGAGAAACUAAAGGUGGUUUCAGUAUUUGGAGCCGGUCUCCUCGUGGGAACUGCCCUGACUGUGAUAAUACCCGAAGGGAUCCGUGCACUGUAUGACGACGCAGUCGUGACGCCAGUCUCGCCUGAGAAUCACCUCAAUUCCUCGCCCAAGGAUACCCACCCGGACGAUGGCCACGCGCCCGAACAUUCCUCCACCAUCGGUCUCUCCCUCGUGCUGGGCUUCAUCUUCAUGAUGCUGGUGGAUCAGAUCUCCACGCGCCGCGACGGUUCCACGGAACGCAACAUGACCGCCACUAUCGGUCUGAUCGUCCACGCCGCGGCGGAUGGCGUGGCUCUGGGCGCCGCCGCUCACGCCAGCCACCACGAUGUGGAGAUGGUGGUCUUCCUGGCCAUAAUGCUGCACAAAGCGCCCGCCGCCUUCGGGCUCGUGUCCUUCCUGCUCCACGAAGGCUUCGAUCGCCAUCGCAUUCGGAAGCACCUGGCCAUGUUCUCCGUUUCAGCGCCCUUACUCACACUCCUCACGUACUUCGGCAUCGGGCAGGAGCAGAAGGAGACAUUGAACUCUUUCAAUGCCACAGGAAUUGCCAUGCUUUUCUCGGCCGGCACUUUCCUCUACGUUGCCACCGUUCAUGUGCUACCCGAACUCACGCACGCGUCCCCUACAACUGCCGGGGGCACGUCGGGGCCACACUACAGCCACCUAGAGCAGGGCGGAGGCGCUCCGGCUAAGGGUUAUGCAGGCCUGAAGAACACAGAGCUCGCGAUUCUCAUCUGUGGCGCUCUUCUGCCACUGCUCCUGACCAUGGGCCAUCAUCACUGAGUCCAGUAGCCAAAACUGUCCCAGAGUAAUUGUACUGACCCCU